AUGGCCUUCCUCUGGUUCGUGUCCUGCCUCGCCUUCGUCAGCGCCGCCUACGGCUGCGGCACUCCGGCCAUCCCCCCCGAGGUGACCGGCUACGCUCGCAUCGUGAACGGAGAGGAGGCGGUGCCUCACUCCUGGCCCUGGCAGGUGUCUCUGCAGCAAUCCAACGGUUUCCACUUCUGUGGAGGGUCUCUGAUCAAUGAGAACUGGGUGGUGACCGCCGCUCACUGCAACGUCAGGACCUACCACCGUGUGAUCGCCGGAGAGCACAAUAAGGGCUACGGCUCCAACGAGGAUGUCCAGGUGCUGAAGCCUGCACAGGUGAGUCACAGUCCUCAGUCCAUCAG